AUGGCUGCUGCACGGCGCGCAUUUGCCGGCCUGAAGCCAGAAAAGGUCUCUGGGUGGCGAGUAUUCGACGCUAAGGACCAGGUGCUUGGUCGCCUGGCGUCACGGCUGUCCGUGGUGCUGCAGGGGAAGGACAAGCCCAUCUACUCGCCCAGUGUUGACAAGGGCGACGUAUGCAUUGUGGUCAAUGCAGAGAAGAUUGCAGUGACGGGUGACAAGAUAAGGCAGAAGACAUACAGAUGGCACACAGGGUACAUCGGAGGGCUGAAGGAGCGAACUUUAAAGGACCAGAUGGCAAAGGACCCCAAGGAGGUCAUUCGCAAGGCGGUGCUGCGCAUGCUGCCACGCAACCGGCUUGUCGAUCCACGCAUGACGAAGCUGAGAAUAUUCGAGGGGGACAGCCACCCAUUCGGGGACAUGCCAGUGAGGGAGGAGGCAAUGCCUCUAAGAAACGUGAGGGAGAUGCGACCCAGGGAGAGACGUGCCGCUGAUAAAGCCGCUCGUGCCGCUGCUGCCAAGGGCCUAGGUUCAGCGGAGCAUGCAGCAGCAGCAGGAGCAGGGGAAGCAUAA